AUGGAUCAUCGUGCACGUAAGCUGUUUGACGAAAUGCCUCACCUAAAUUGUCCGCGCACUGUCUUUUCCUUCAAUGCCCUACUGGAAGCAUAUCUUAAAUCAGAGAAAUAUGAUGAAAUUGGCGGCUUGUUUCGCGAAUUGCCCCCGAAAUUGUCAAUUCAGCCUGAUCUGGUGUCGUAUGCCACUGCGAUUAAGGCACUGUGCAGGGCUGGUUUGUUGGAUUCUGCUGUGUAUUUGAUGGAUGAGAUUGAAAAUCAUGGGAUUAAGCCGAAUAUUGUCACUUGUAACACGUCAUUAACCGCAUUUUAUGAAAGAAAAAGGUUUUCUGAAGCUGAAAAUUUGUGGGCUAUGAUGGAAAAGAGAAAUAUUAUCCCCGAUCUUUGCAGUCACAAUAUUAAAUUAAUUAGUUUGGUUAAAGCCAACGAGGUUUCAAAGGCGAUUCAGUUCUUCGAUGAGACUGUUAACAAGGGUUUCAAACCGGAUAAAUUUCAGUUACAGUGCUAUGAUAAAAAUAGGGUUGUCAAUUGUUUGGUUGAGCAUUCUAAGAUUGAAACUGCGAGAGAACUGGUUAAGUUGGCUCAGUCUUAUAAGAGCUUUCGGAAUGAACUUUCCUUGCCUUAG